AUGGCAUUGGAAUUGAAGCAGCCUUCUCACCGAGAGCUAUCAGGCGGUGACCUACUGGCACAGUGUUUACGCCAACUUGGUGUUGAGGUUGCCUUCGGUGUUCAUGGAGGUCAUCUAGAUGCUUUCCUAGUUGGAUGUGCUGAGAACGAUAUUCGUCUGGUCGAUACACGACACGAAGAAGUCGCUAUUCAGGCAGCUCAGGGCUAUGCCAAGGUUAGCCACAAGGCUGGAGUAGCCUUUGUUACUGCAAAUAGUGGCUAUGGCAAUAGUCUGCCUGGAAUAGCUACAGCAUUUGCUGAUCGCAGCCCAGUCGUCGUCGUAACCAGCUCUCCACCUCUGAGAGAUGCCGAGACCAAUUGCUUACAGGGCAGUCUGGAUCAAGUAGUAGUGGCAACUCCCAUGACCAAAUUUGCGCAUCGGAUUGUCCAGGCAGAGGAAAUCCCCAGAUUAGUCGCCCACGCCCACCGCGUAGCCUGUACCGGAGCUCCAGGCCCAGUUCUUCUUGAUAUACCCAUUGAUGUGUUGUUUCGCCCAGUUCAACAGGACCAGAUCUCUUGGGGCUCUAUCACCGCGCCGCUACCGUAUCCCCCAAGACCACAUAGCCAUGCCAUUGCUAAAGCAAUUCAAUCUUGGAAGAGUGCAAAACAGCCUGCCAUCAUUAUUGGUACUGGUUGCAAAUCUACAGAGGCAGCUCAAGAACUUUCGAAAUUACUGGAAACAACUCAAACACCAUUAUUCCAUAGCCAGAAAGGAUUCGGUGGUUUACCUGUUGAUCAUCCACUCCAAGCUGGAUUGGCUGCAAAUUUGGCGAAAUUGACGGGCGAGUCCCAACCAGACCUAAUCAUUCUCCUGGGAGCUCGAACGGGCAUGUUUCUAGGUGGUCGUAGUGGAGCCAUUCUUCCAAACAAGAGGUGCAAGUUUAUCCAAGUCGACAUAGAUGGCACUGAAAUCGGAAGACAAAUUCCCGUCGAUAUUGGCAUUAUCGCCGAUACCCAUCAAGCUCUAAUAUCUUUCAACGAGGAAAUAGAAAAGAGCCCCUUCCAAGUUCCUUCGCGCUGGGUCCAAACUGCUUUGGGUCCCAGAAAAGAGCCAGACCCUCAUGAGUCUCAAGAGGCCCUUAUCGAUGGACGUACCCAUCCGUACUUUGCCAUGAAAGAGCUCUUCUCGUCUCUCGCACCAGGAUCAAUAAUAUCCAUCGACGGUGGCGAAGCUGGAAGUUGGGCUACGGAUCUGACUGAGGUUGCUCGUCCCUUCCUGUCCUUAUUUUCUGCAGGGUACAUCGGCAUGUUGGGGAAUGGAUGGGGGUAUUCUCUGGGGGCUGCAGUUGCAGAUCCCAGUCGCCAAGUUAUUAACAUCCAAGGCGAUGGCUCAGCCGGUUUCCACAUCGGGGAACUCGACACAUUUGCACGCCAUGGAGUCAAUGUUCUGACAGUUGUGAUGAACAAUCACAUCUGGGGGAUGUCUAAGCAUGGCCAGGAUCUGGUCUACGAGACAACGGCCACGGUUAGGCCGAUCAGUUCAUUAAGCCCCAGAACAUCUUUCCAUACCGUUUCAGAAGGCCUAGGCGUUCCGGCCGCCAAAGUGCAUAAUCUUGACUUUAUUCGGCCAAUUGUUCAAAAGCUUUCCGCUGUGCAUGGCCCUGCGCUACUUGAAUUGGUGAUUUCGGACAAGCCCAUUCACCCAGGAACAAUCGCAAUGGUCAGCGCCACAAAGGACCCAGACUGGAUUGUCGUCCCAUAUUAUGACAAUGUUCCUCGUCCGUUUUUUAAGCAUACAAAGAGGUAA